AAGGUCACGUGAGACCGAAACCCAGGAGCGUCUCAACAGUCGCCUGGUGUGACGAACGUCAUGGGAACUAUAGACUAACGGAGGAACUAUUGAGGUCGUGCUUUACUGCUCCUGGCUGGACAACAGGCUGACGGGUUGUGUUUUUUUUGGAUGAGGGGAGUGAAAGCUGCUCUCAAAGAAAUGGCUCCAAGUGUUUCUGUCCCACCGCUGUUAUUGCUGCAUUUCUGGCUGUUCUUGUCUGCGAGAGCGCUGGAGAUGAUUGACGGAGACGCACCUGAACUCACCUGCAGCGAGGGUUUGACUGACUGCAACGUGAGCUCAGAGUCUCUUUUUGCUGAUGCUCCACCAGAUCCAGAUGACACAACAAGCAUCACUCAUGUGCAGCUUCAAGUCUGCCUGUGCUGUUCUGCUGCACAAGACUGUAAACCCUGCCUGCAAGUCAACAUCACAGUCCAAGUUGCAGAAUCGGGUAACACUAAGGACAUUUCUGAGGUAUCUGGUCACCAUAAGAAUAGUGAGGACAUCUUUAUCACGAGUCAAACUGUGGAGGGAAGUGGUCAGUUUGUGGCUCCGGAACCAAAAGCUUCAGUGAAAGUGUGUCACAGCUCCCCAGAGUCAGAGUUUUGCAAGAUGCUUGAGUUUAAACCAAGAAACUUGGGUUUUGAUCAAUCACAACAUCACACACUUCAGCUACUUCUGAGAAAGAACAUGAUGUUUGGCAGUCCUGUUGAGGUCCUCGCCUUUUCGUCCUUGGAUGGAUCAUACAGCAUUCAAAAGACCACAAUCCCAUCUUUAGAUAAAGUUUGCUCCAUAGACUUCGAGUGGGCUGUAAAGGGCUGUGCUGUUCCCAGACUCCGAGCUGUGACUGAUCAUAAAGGAAAUGAAGUCCUCCUUCAACUGGAAAAUAAUACCAAUACCUCACAAGACGAGCUCAUGUUUCAUAUGGUUUGGAAUAACAUAUCUGGAGAGGAUCUUACAUGGCCUAAAGGCGAGACAGAGAUGGCUGUUUCAUCAGAUGUUGUUGCACCAUGCCUGUGCUUUGAGGUGUGGUGGAAGGGAAAGGAACUACGCACACAAUUCUGCCCUUUCAAAAACAAUCAAGAUGCCCUGCGAAAAAUGCAGCAGAAUGUGUCUAUUGCUGUUGUGGAGUCUUGGAUGAGGGACGGCAGGCCAAGCCUGAGAUGGAAUGUGACUGCCCCCUGCAGGCUGGAGGGAGAGGUGUGGUUGUGCAAGAAAGACCAGGCAGGAAGCCGGUGUAAGGAGGUGGUGGGCUCCAGACAGAGACUCAACAACCAUGAGCAUGCAGGCUGGAUGGCAUUGCGCAAGGUACACUGGAAAACCGGAGAAUUCAACACAUCUUCACAUCCUCUGCUUUGCAUCCAGCUUCACAUCAAUGGGAUGCAGUCAUACUUUGAACCUCAUUGUCCUUUCGCAAGAUCUCGAUUGAGAUGGAGCCUGCCUUUUCUAAUUCCAUUACUACUUAUUUGCAUUUCCAUACUAGGAGUCUAUUUUAUACAAGGAGUCCUAAAAGGCUACAUGUGGAGAUGGUUGAAAGAAGAUGAUGUCAAAGGUGCUGUAGGUGGUGGUCAUGUGGUGUUGCUGUACCCAUCUGAUGAUGACCAGGCUCUGCCAGAACUGAUGAGCCACCUUGGGUCGUCCCUCCAGGCCUUGGGCUUCAGCGUGUCUUUGGACCUGUGGAGCCAGGCUGAGCUGGGUGUUCUGGGUCCUGUGCCAUGGCUCCACUCAAGACUAAACCGAUUGCAAAGGCAGGGGGGUAAAGUGGUCCUGGUCCUCACCCAGACUGCCUGGAUCAGAGCUGUAGAAUGGGGGGCUGGGAGCUGGGAGAGGAACACCCCGCGGAACGGAGACAUGAAGCCAGAGGAGGAGGUGGAGGGAAACUAUGAUGUGUCCUCUCAAUGUGUAGACGUUUUUACUGCUUCACUGAGCUGUAUUCUUGCAGACUAUUUACAGGGCCGUGCUGGUGAGCGGUUCAUGUUGGCUCAAUUUGAAUCACUUCCACCUGAGCCUCCAGGUGGAUUCAGGCCAUUGCCAGAACUUUUCCGUGGCCUUCAUGUCUACAGCCUCCCCUCCCAGAGCCUUGGUUUUCUGACUGAACUUGCAGGGGCUCGACAAAUGGCAACAGCUUCUGCAAGAAGGAAAAGGGCAGGAGGGCUAAGGCUGGCAUCCCGAGCUCUGGCACAAGGGCUGUCUGGGUUCACAGCGGGGACCACUGUGUUACGCCUUGCAGGGGUGUCGCAGGGUUGUGUGGGUGUUGAAUUUGAAGACUCUAUGGAGACAGUUCCUUUAAAACCAUGUCUUGUUACUCCUCCCUCCAGCCCUGACUCAAGCUGCUGAUAUUGGUGCUGGGUCUUGGGGUUAUUGGAAAAGGUAUUUUCCAUGUUCCUUUAUGUUUCUGUUAUUGAAAAGUUUUUUUCUUCUAAAGGCU